UCCCUGCUUUUGGUCACACCAUCAGCUGCUUACCAAAAACAUAACUCGUGUGCUCCGUUUAUUUAGUUAAAACCUAGUAAAUAUUGUGAUUAUCAAUUAAAAUGCUGCUGAAACAGUUGCCGCAGGCAGUGCAACAGAUGCGCUGCAUUUCCUCGGCCACAACGGCGGUCACCAGGCUGCAUCGCUCUGUCUAUUGCCGGCUAUAUCCCACGGUUGUUGUUCAGCCCGAUGGAUCCACGAUAAACAUACGCUAUCACGAGCCGCGCAAGAUCAUCAAGCUUCCCUUGGACCUCAGCACUUUAACCGAUGCGGAGCGCAAGGCCCGUCUGGAGGCCCGCAAACCUCGCAAGAAGGUCAAGAUCAUGGAGGAAGUAGAGGACAACUUCAAUGCCAAGAAAUACAUGAAGUAUAUCAAGAAAAAGUAGCAUUUAACUGUAAAAUAAAACGAAAAACAACCGUUA